AUGGAAUCCAGUUUGCUAGAUAGCCUUCUCGAUAUUGAGGAGCAGUUCUAUAAUGAAGGCUAUAAUCUUGGUGUUGCCGAUGGCGCCGAGGCGGGCUACACCGAAGGCAGCGUCUUCGCUGUCGAGAAGGGCUUCGAGAAAUUUGUGGAGAUGGGCCGAUUGUAUGGCAAGGCGCUAGUCUGGGCCCAGCGACUAGCCGAGUCCAACCCCUCGGAGACGCCCGAACAGCCAUUGGACCAGUCGGUGGCCAGUGCCGAUGCCAUCGGCCUCGAUCCAUCGAUCUGCAAAAAGAUGGUUUCGCUGCCGGCGCAUAGUGCGCGACUGACCAAAAAUCUCUCUACCUUGUUGGAGCUUGUUGACCCGGCCUCUCUGGAUAUGACCAACACGGAAGAAGCUGUCAACGAUGCAGACGAACGCCUGAAAGGUGCUGCGAUCAAAGCUAAGCUCAUCCAACGGGCAAUGGGCGAAGGUGAAGAGUCCUUGGAUGCUCGACCGGGAAUGAAAGAAGGUCAAAAGCCCGGAGAUGGAACCGGUAGCAUUGAGGAUAUCAGCUCGCUCAAUGUCCGUCACUGA